GCGCACCGAGCGACCGGGUGGCGGCGGGGAGCCGGGAGCCGGGGAGCCGGGGCGCGGGGGGUUGUGGGGGGGGGGACGCCGGGCCUGACGCGCCGCCGCUCGGCUCUGCCCGCGGGUCCCGGGCGCGCAGUCCUCGGCCCGCCGCCCGGCCCGGGCCCCGGAGCGCGGUGGAGGAGCCCCCCACCCCCACCCCCGAGGAGCCGGAGGCCCGCGCCCCGCGCCCCCCAGACAUGGUGGGCCACCUGCAUCUGCAGGGCAUGGAGGAGAGCCUCAAGGAGAAGAGCCGGGAGGGCUUGCUGGACAGCCCCGACUCCGGGCUGCCCCCCAGCCCCAGCCCCAGCCCGCCCUUCUACUCGCUGGCGCCCGGCAUCCUCGACGCCCGCGCCGGGGGCACCGGCGCCACCUCGGCCCCCGGACCCGGCGAGGCCAGAGCGCCCCCUGCCCGCCCCCUGCACUCCCCAGCGCUUGAGAUGAGGCCCCGGAUGCUGCCUGUGUUCUUUGGGGAGAGCAUUGAGGUGCACCCAGAGCCCACGCACGAGAUCCGCUGCAACUCGGAGGUCAAGUACGCCUCGGAGAAGCACUUCCGGGACAACGUUUUCUACGCGCCCGUGCCCACGGUCACGGCCUACAGCGAGACGAUCGUGGCGGCACCCAACUGCACGUGGCGCAACUACCGUAGCCAGCUGACCCUGGAGCCGCGGCCCCGUGCCCUGCACUUCUGCAGCACGACCAUCAUCUUCCCCAAGCAUGCCAGGAGCACUUUCCGGACCACCCUGCACUGCAGCCUGGGCCGACCCAGCCGCUGGUUCACCUCCAGCGUGCAGCUCCAGCUGUGCGAGCACCCCCGCCUCCUGGGGCCCGUGGCGGCGCUCUGA